AUGAUUCGUGAUUAUGAUGGAAGCGGUCUCGUCUUCGUAUGUGUGAAAACUGAUGAAUGGAAGAUUGUCGUCUAUUGUGCGGAAAGAGCUGUUGUACCAACUCGCCUCGAAAAGACAGCACAGGCGGUCAGCCAGUCCACCACCAACAAUAUCUGUAUCGGUCAAGAGAAGUCACGAUCGAGCUUCAAGAUCGCAGACGAGCAAGAGCAGUCUUCUUCGCUUCGGCAGCGGACGGGCCAGCACACUAGUCGAUGA